AAGACAGGACAUAGACAUCCAAAGUAGAUGUGGAAUUUGUGUAUUUGUGUGAGUUGAAAUUGAGGAGUUAAUUUCACUUGACCUUUCUUUUUAUCCAUUUAUGCAACUAUAUCACAGCAUAAUGAUUAAUUUAGUCAGUCAUGUAGGCACAGUAUCUGGAGAAGUCUGUGAAAGACACUUACCUCUUUUCGACAAAGUCUCUUCCAGGACUGGUUCAGAGCCGGUGUACAACGAAUCAGUGUUAAUAAGAACAUUCUCAACAUUCAAGACGAGCAGAACAAAUGUGUUGUACCAAUGUAGGCUUGCAAAACCUUGAGCAGCAUUUGUAAAGAGACGACGUAGUCCCCCAUUGUUGGUAUUAUACUGUGGUCAAACUUGCAUGAGUAAAAUUCACUUUGCGUUAGGUGUGAACAAAUCAUUUCUCAUUGCACCUUUAAAAGUCAUGAUGCAUAACAGAUGUAAUAUCUUCAAUAAGCGUUAUCAGAAUGCAGUUUUUACCCCAAUGGACUGAGAACGGGUUCUUGUUUUUCCAGCUGGACCCAGACAACACCGGUUUCAUCGCAGUGGAGAACUUCACCAGCUUGGUGGAGCACCAUGAGCUGCAGCUGGACCCGUCCAAACUGGACAUGCUGUUAGCCCUGGUCCAGAGCAAUGAAGAGGGACAGGUGUGCUACCAGGAGCUCAUCGAGCUGAUGAGCAGUAAGCGCUCCAGCAGUUUCCGACGGGCCAUUGCUAAUGGCCGCCGCACGCUGCAAAGGGAGAUCCUGCUGGACGAGACGGGGCUGGGUCUGUACAAGCGUUUCGUCCGAUAUGUGGCCUACGAGAUCCUGCCCUGCGAGACGGACCGACGCUGGUACUUCCACCAGAACCGCCUGUGUCCCCCGCCUGUCUUCAUCGCCAUCGUCACCAUCGUACAGAUCAUCGUGUUCAUGUGUUACGGCAUCAUGCUAAACAAGUGGGUGCUGCAGACCUAUCAGCCCGACUUCAUGAAGAGCCCGCUGGUCUACCAUCCCGGCCACCGCGCACAAGUGUGGCGCUUCUUCAGCUACAUGUUCAUGCACGUUGGUUUGGAGCAGCUGGGGUUCAAUGCUUUACUGCAGCUGAUGAUUGGCGUUCCUUUGGAGAUGGUCCACGGCAUCUUACGAAUAAGUCUGCUUUACAUGGCAGGAGUGCUGGCCGGCUCGCUGACAGUGUCCAUCACCGACAUGCGUGCUCCAGUGGUGGGGGGCUCCGGAGGGGUCUACGCUCUAUGCUCAGCACAUCUGGCCAACGUCGUCAUGAACUGGGCCGGGAUGCGUUGUCCGUACAAGCUGCUCCGCAUGAUCCUGGCACUAGUUUGCAUGAGUUCGGAGGUGGGUCGUGCAGUCUGGCUCCGCUUCUCUCCGCCACUGCCCUCCUCGGGGCCCCAGCCCAGCUUUAUGGCACACCUGUCGGGGGCCGUGGUCGGCAUCAGCAUGGGGCUGCUGAUCCUGCGCAGCUACGAGGAGAGUCUGCAGAAACAAUGCUCCUGGUGGGUCAUCGUCUUCUCCUUUAUCACCUUUCUCCUCUUCGCCAUCUUCUGGAACAUCUUUGCGUAUGAGCUGCUAGGGGUGCAAAUACCACCUCCUCCCUGAUGAAGGCCCCCCACCCCCACUGGCCCUCCUCCUCAUACACACUGACUCCAGCCCCGCCCCAAACAAAGGCUCCCUUUUGACCAUAAUCAACAUUUCCUCUCAACUUAGACCCAAAUGAAAUGAUAUGAAAUCAUUCAAAACACAAAUUGACCAAGAAUCCUUUUUUACAGAUACUUUGCAAAUCAAAGAAAUAUGUCUCUUUUAUUAAAGAGGGAUUAAAGUAGCAACAAGUACAUGUGAGAGUUCCUCAGAUCCACUUUGAGGAGCAUUAUAUCUUUUUAUAUAUACGUUGAAAUCUCAUCCACAUUACCAGCACUAAUCUUUCAGUGAGCAUUUAGCCGUCGUGCUCUUUAUUUCAGAGGCUUUUUGAAAAGCUGUCGUUUCUUUGAGUGCAUUUUUCAUUCACGUGAAGAAGAGUUGAUGACAUAUGCUUGUGGUUAAAAAAGGAAAGGGAACUAAACGGAGAUGUGUGCUGUGCUGGAGACGAAGCUGGUAAAACGCUAUAAGAAGUAUUCUGUCUUUUAUAAAGGUCAAAGAUUAAGAUCAGCUGCAGUGAUGCUCCUAACGGGUUCAGUGUUUCGCUUAAAGGCACUUCAGUAGAGUAGACGCCUUUGGCUGCGCUAAAAUCAGAGCCGCAGCUGCUUUAAAUGAAGAUUUAAAGAAGAAUUUCAAGAACAGCAUGUUUAUUUCUGGGGGCAGCAGUAAACGAAAUAUAGAAACACCAAUGAAAUAUGAUGGCUGAUAUGAUUUUUUGAUUUCACAGCCCUGCUGUUACUCACAAGGGUCACUGCGGCUUUUUGCGAAAUUGCUGGCACACUGCUUGAAAAACAAAAAAACAACUGACAGAACGUUUUCCUCAAAUUGAGCUGCUCAGAAGGAUCUCCAGCCUGAUUAUAACACAUCAGUCAAAAUUCUUUGCCCCCGAGAGCUAAUGGAUUUUCCCAGAGCAGCUGCAGGGAGAACGAAGGAAAAAAAGGAAGAUUUCAUGCAAGUUUAAUGUGGAUUCUGUCAUCUUCAAGGAGUUCCUUAAAGGGAUGGUUUGGAUUUUUUGUUUUGAAAAGGCACUUAUCCAUCGUCAGUGUUACCUACAGUAGAUGGUGUUCAGUUUGGUGAAGCAGGCAAGAGGGAUGCUGAGAGUGAAUGAGGCAGCAGAAAAAUAUAUUUUAGCCACCAUAAAAAAGGCCCACCUUAAAAAAAACAAUAUCAGAUAAGUGUACGCUAUAUUUAGAAUGUUUUCUCUGCUUUACCUUGCCAUCAGACAGCCCUGUUUAAGGUCACACAGGGGCGCUGAAGCAGUUUUCGAUGCUCUCUUCAAAGCAACCAGUCUCAUGUCAAAACACUGGAGUUGCUGAUCUGCCGCUGCCUGUUUGUUUGUGUUAUUGUGCGGCUUUGUGAGUUAAAGCAUCUCCUGUGUUCUGCGAAGGUAAAAUUACUGUUUUUGUCAAAGGAGACUGGUUGCUUUAGAUGGAUAUAAACAAGGCUGUCUGACAGCAAGUGAAGAGGUUACUGUAGGUAAUACACUGACUAUGGAUAAGUAUCUCAUACAACCACAUUUCAAAAAAUCUGAACUGUCUCUUUAAGGUUAGAGGCAUUACUGUCAUUUUCCCUUCAUGGGGUCUUUAAAAAUGAGAAGACAUAAUUUUUUUUAUCAUAUCAUUAUACCUACACUGUGGAUACAGACACAUAGUUCACACGACAUAAAAAGAUGGGAAAUGGAAGUGACUGUGUGACAGGAGAGGAAAGAAAAAGAAAGAGAAGAUCACAAGAGAAACGACAGCUGAAGUUUCCUGGAUGGUCUUCACUUAACCGAGCGAACUCCUCCUGUUGCUGUAUCAAACUAAACUUGCUAGGCGCACCGUGUAUAAUAUGCCAUGUCAUGCUCUGUGGCUCUCAGCGAGACAAGGACA